CUAAAAACAGCAGACAUGGCUCUGAAGCUGAUCUUUGUGGUGGCUCUGCAGACUCUCUUCAUAAAAGAGUCGGUAUCGCAGCUUUCUGUUUGUGGUCUGGCAAAUCUGAACUCCAGGAUUGUUGGAGGACAAAAUGCUCUUCCAGGGAGCUGGCCUUGGCAGGUCAGUCUGCAGUCAUCUUACCACUUCUGUGGAGGAUCCCUCAUCAACAACCAGUGGGUGCUGACGGCAGCUCACUGCUUUCCAAGUCGCAGUGCAUCUGGUGUGAACGCAGUUCUGGGUCUUCAGAGUCUGCAGGGAUCCAACCCCAACAGAGUGUCUCGAACAAUAAAAACUGUAAUCGUUCAUCCGAACUACAACUCAGGGACACAGAAUAACGACAUCGCCCUCCUGCAGCUCUCCUCACCAGUAACCUUCAACAACUACAUCACUCCAGUCUGUCUGCCUUCCACCGGCAGCACCUUCUACAGUGGUGUCAAAACCUGGGUCACCGGCUGGGGCGACAUUGGAAAUGGAGUCUCCCUUCCUGCCCCACAAACCCUUCAGGAAGUACAAGUACCGAUUGUGGGAAACAGACAGUGUAAGUGCAGCUAUGGAGCCAGCUCGAUCACUGACAACAUGGUGUGUGCCGGGUUACUGGAAGGAGGCAAAGACUCUUGUCAGGGAGACUCUGGAGGUCCGCUGGUAAUUAAGCAGAACAACCUCUGGAUCCAAGCAGGAGUUGUGAGUUUUGGAGAAGGUUGUGUUGAACCUAAUUACCCAGGAGUCUACACCAGAGUGUCCCAGUACCAGACCUGGAUCAACACCCAAAUCACCAGCAAUCAGCCGGGCUUUAUCGCCUUCACCUCCAAUGGAACUGACAGUGACCUCAGUGUGUCGUGUCCAGGAGUGCCCACAACCCCCACCCCUACCACCACCACAACCACCACCACCACAGUGUCUACAACCACGAUUGCAGCUGCCGUCUGUGGAUAUGCACCACUAAACUCCAGACUUGUUGGUGUAAGUUCAGUGACGAAUAAUGGUCAGUGGCCGUGGAUGGCAAGUCUGCAAAGGAAUGGAAAGCAUGUGUGUGGGGGGACUUUAGUUUCCUUAAACGCUGUGCUGAGCAAUGCUGAAUGCUUCUCAAGUCCUCCUGUGGCGUCUGAGUGGACGGUUGUGUUGGGUCGUCUGAAGCAGAAUGGAUCAAACCCCUUUGAGGUGUCACUGAAUGUGACAAAUAUCACUCUGAGCAACCAGACAGGGUCCAAUGUUGCUGUGCUGCAACUCUCCACCCCGCCCCCCCUGAAUAAUUACAUCCAGCCCAUCUGUCUGGACAACGGAAGAACUUUUACUGUGGGAACAACAUGCUGGGCUGCAGGCUGGAGUUCUGGACGGGGAGGAGAUGAGCAACUUUUGCAGGAGUUCCAGACGUCUGUGUUAGACUGUGGGACAAAUUCUACAAGUGACAGCAUUUGCACAGAUAUAUUUACACUGGAGCAGGGUGACUCUGGAGGUCCGCUCAUGUGUAAGCUGGAUGGGUAUUGGUUCCAGACGGUUGUGCUGUCAUCUGUGAGCAGCACAUCCAGGACAAAGCGAGCUACACCCAUGAUGGUUUUUGAAAAAGUGUCCAACUUUCAGGACUUCCUUUUGCGCACACUGGAGACAUUUCUGAAUCCACCCAACACCACUUCAAAUCCUCUGGCUUCAAGCGCCAGAGAGGGAACUCCCUUUUUUUUCAGCUUCCACCUCUUUAUCCUCUCUUUCUGUCUGCUGUUCUUCUCAAAUAGAAGUUGAAGUUUUUCUAGAAUUACAUGAUGUGAAAUCCACAAAUGAAUGUAAGUAGUUCAUUUUGAAACCCAGACAGGCGUUUCCUGGUUGACUACAAUUUUGUUAACAUGUAAAAAUCAAGUGGGGCUGUUUGUUGGGGUGCUGAAUCAGACAUUCUGGGGUAUAUCUGCAAAAACUUUGACCCUUCAUCUUCCAUCAAGUUAUUCAGUUAUUCAGGCUUACAUCCAAUGAACCAGUCGACAUGUUUGCUUUGACAGAAUAAGGAAGUCUGUGACCCGAUUGGUUCAGCUGUUUUGUUUGUCAAAUGUGGUCAAAGGACCCAAAUGCUAGAAUUUUGCACAUCCUCUGGGGGGCGCUGUGAUUCUUUUUAUCUUCUUCAAACCUGUGCUGUGUCACAGUACAAAUUAUUAAUUGAUUUAAUCCGUCCUGUCUUAGCAUUAAUUUAUUUCCUAUGGAAGGACUCAGAAUGUUAGCAAACGUUUCUAUCCUCUAAAAAAACUCAUUUUUUAGGAGCCCUGCUUGAUUAAACGGACAUUUUAAAUGAAAAAAAAAGUGAAAAACUUUUAUAAGUGCAAAGUGCAAUUUAAAUCACAGCUGUUUUCUGAUGUUAAUAAAAAGAUGAAGUAAUAAAUGGA